AUGUCGCCUCACCACGCCCUCACACCUGGAGCUGCCCAUGCGGCCUCGGCCUUCGCAGCGUGCAGCUACGUUGCCGUGCUCUACCUCUUCCCCUCGACCCGGACCCGGCCGUCGGAGGUCGAUCAGAACGGCCGCAGACUCGACCGCUUGCACCCCGACAUACUCAAGGCUCGGCUCUGGGCCGUCUCCGUGAGCAGCCUGUGCAGCGUCCUGUUGGUCGGCGUCCUGGCUAGAGCAAGUGCAGAUCUACAUUAUUCAUCCUCUAUCGGCGAAACUUUACAGCACGCACUCGCUCUCACCGGGCUGAAAACGCCCCACAUUGGUUCCAUUCCUGAAUACAUUCGACUAUGCAUCCAGCCGGUGAUCCUGACGACGAUUCUAUUCUUGGGAGCACUCUACACCAAAUUGGUACUCGAGCCCAAAGCGAAGACCGACGGGCCCUGUCGAAGCUUCAAGGACAUCAUCAACAUCUACGUCGUCCGCACCUUGAUCCUCGGCCCCCUAUUUGAAGAGAUCGUCUAUCGUGGAUGCAUUAUCGCCUUUCACCUCUUGGUCUCGUCUGCCAACCAACCAUCGAAAACCAAGCUGAUCUUCACCACUCCGCUUUGGUUUGGCUUCGCGCAUGUCCAUGGAAUUUGGGAGACUUAUCGGAGCCUCGCCGGCCGCGAAAAUGCCUUGAUGAUUGCAAUCCUCCAAGCUACUGUCCAAUUCACUUACACCACCAUCUUCGGAUGGUAUGCGGCGUUUAUUUACCUUCGAACUGGCUCCGUGAUUUCAGCGACGCUUUGUCACAGUUUUUGUAACUACAUGGGCUUGCCCCCCAUCUUCGACUCGAUGCAAAGAUUCCCGAAUAAACGUAUAGCCAUCCUUAUGUAUUACUUGAUUGGGAUAAUCGCCUUUGGAGUUCUUCUGAGAGGAUGGGCUAGCGAUCCAGCCUUGUUCCCAUCCAGCUCGCCCUUCUGGACCAAUACCAAGAUCAAAUACUAG